UCGGUCACACUGGCACAGCAAAAUUGCUAUUUUUCGAAUUUGUUGACGGUCGCAAUGGUUGGAGGUGUGGGCGAAUUUGUGUCCGAGUACCUGGAUCGGGGCUUGGUCCUUGUGAUCGCUGAUUUGCUUAGCCUAAUCACGGUCUCCUCCUGCCUGGUGAUCAAGGUGCCUCAGAUAAACACAAUCCGAGCCAACGAGUCCUCGAAAGGAAUCAGCGUUCUGGGACUGUGCCUGGAGCUGUUUAGCUACACGGUGAUGCUGUCGUACAACUACACCAGUGGCUACGACUUCCUUUCUUAUAUGGAAUAUCCUGUUCUGCUGCUCCAGGAGUACGUUCUCAUUUUCUAUGCCUUCAAGUACCAGGAUUUGCUGGGCAAACGGACCCAGGUGGUGGCAGUGCUGUAUGGAAUUGUGGUGACGCUCAUCUAUCUGAAGCUCUUCCCCAUUAUCAUCCUGACGUUCCUAGUGCCUUUCUGCACGCCAAUUGGGGCCACGAGUAAGGUGCUCCAGCUUCUGGCCAUUCUGCGGACCAAGGAUGCCAGUUCGGUCAGCCGCACCACUUGGGCGCUGUCUGCCUUCACCAACAUGACCCGCAUAUACACAGUCUUCUUCCAAUCGCACGACUGGAUGUUGCUGUCCAACUUCCUGAUUUCAACGUUCCUCAGCGCUUCCGUCUUCGCUGCCGCCUGCUUCUACAAGAAGAAGACGCUUAAGGCGGACUAGAAAAGCUCAACAUAGACAAUACUCAACAAUUCUUAUCAGUCAUUUGUUUUUAAUUCUAUUUGCUUAUCUGUUUAAAUUUUUAAAUUGAUAUUACAAAUUCUGUAUUGGUUUA